GCACCGUCUGUGCUAUAUUUUCAAGCUUGUUUUGGCUUGUUUUUAAAGAAUUGCGUCUGCUGAAUAUAAUUCGUCACGUCUGACCCCCCAAGUCCGCUCUAGUGUUGCUAAUCCACCCCUCCACUCGGUGCAUUUUUCACACCUCAGUUGGCACAAAACCUCGUACUCGUCGUAGCCAUCUUGUCAAUUACCAUCCGGGACACCGUCUGGAUUUCGUGCAGUGAAACUAGUCAAGUGUUUAAUCGCGCCCCAAUUUCGCCCAAAAGCAGCCAAAAGCGGCGCCCCGGGAUGGGUUCUUCCAGGCACCGAGACAGGAGCAGAGAUCGCGAUCGACGGGAUAGAGAUAGGGACCGCGACCGCGACAGGGACAGGAGAGACAGGAGGAAAAGCCGGGAUCGGGACCGACAUCGCGAUAGAGACCGCGAUCGCGAUCGGGACCGCGAAAGAAGAGAUAGAGAUAGAAGCAGAAGUCGGGAAAAGCGCAAAGAAAAGACCCCGCCGGAGCCAGAUGGCGAGAAACUGAUCGCUGAUACGCUCGCCACGAUCGCGGCGACGAGGAAUUUCGCGUCGUUGAUAGCCCCCAAGGAGAUCGACCCCAAUGCGAACCAAGCAAACGGUGCGCAAGAUGACGACGGCACGAGGAAGCGAAAGAAGCGUUCGCGAUGGGCUGGGGGCGAACACGACAAGAUAUUUAUUCCAGGCAUGCCCACGAUCCUACCAUCUGGUUUGGACAAGAACCAGGAAACAGCUUAUUUACUUCAGCUCCAGAUUGAGGAAGUCAGUAGAAAACUGCGCUCCGGAGACCUGGGGAUUCCAGCCAAUCCUGAGGAAAGAUCUCCGUCGCCUGAACCGAUUUACAGCAGCGACGGUAAGCGCCUGAACACGAGAGAAUUUCGCACUAGAAAAAAAUUAGAGGAAGAGCGGCAUGCGCUUGUUCUGCGAAUGCAACAAAUCAAUCCUGAUUUCAAACCACCAAUGGAUUAUAAUUGCAGACCCCCGGUCGUAAGAGUAAGUGACAAAGUUAUGAUCCCGCAAGAAGAACACCCUGAAAUCAAUUUUGUAGGUUUGUUAAUUGGUCCUAGAGGUAACACUCUGAAGACGAUGGAAAAAGAAACAGGGGCGAAAAUCAUUAUCAGGGGUAAAGGUAGUGUGAAAGAGGGUAAAGUGGGACGGAAGGAUGGUCAACCGCUUCCGGGCGAAGACGAACCGUUGCAUGCUUAUAUAACAGCAACGAAUCCCGAGUGUGUGAAGAAGGCUGUGGAAAGGAUUAAAGAGGUCAUCAGACAAGGGGUUGAGGUGCCUGAAAACCAGAACGACCUCAGACGCAUGCAGCUGAGAGAACUCGCUCAGCUCAAUGGCACCCUUCGGGAAAACGACGGCAUGCGAUGUAACAAUUGUGGUGCCACUGACCACAAAUCGUGGCUGUGCCCAGACAAACCCAACGUCACUAACAACAUCGUGUGCUCGAGCUGCGGCGCCGCCGGCCACAUAGCCCGCGACUGCCGCCAGAAGCGCCCGGGUCAAGGCGGCCCCCCUGCCCAGGGCGACAAAGCCAAAAUCGACGAAGAAUACAUGUCGCUGAUGGCCGAACUGGGCGAGGCUCCGCCCCCCGACGCUGUCAAAACCGAGACCACCACCACCACCACCACUCGCAAAACCAGCAGUUUCAAUCUGUUUGAGGCGCAAAUGACCCCCAGGCCGCUGAUGCCGCCCCCGAUGCCCACCCCGACGACCAUUCCGUGCAUGAACGGCAUGGCGCCGCCCCCGUGGGGCGUGACUCAAACGAUGACGUGGCAGCCCGGCCCGCCGGGAAUCAUGCCCCCGCCGCCGCCGCCAGGCGCGUCGAGUCCCCCACAGAUGAUGCAGUGGAUGGGGGCGAACAACCAGCCGCCGCCGCCGGGGGCGGGCACUACGAACGGCACGAUGACGGCAGCGGGGAUGGCGCCGUGGCAAGCCACGGCGUUCUCGUGGCCGCCGGGGAAUUGUCCGCCGCCGCCGCCGCCAGGGAUUGAUGUUAACAGUUUGUUGACCACGCCACCGCCACCGCCGCCGUCGUAAAGGGGUGGGAGCGGGUUUAUGAUAGGGUUUUGUAUCUACACUCAAUAGUUACUUUAUGUGGGAUGUAAUUAUAUGAUAUAUGGAAAUGAUUAAUAUAUGUUCAUGUGGAGGCUGGUGUUAUUGGGGUGGUGCGAAACUGAUUAGGUACCAGUGAAUCGGUAUUUAUUACUUCCAUUAGGGAAUUUGAAAAAGUGGAUAAAGUAAAUUAGGACAAUAAAUUAUAUUUGGUAACACUGAUAUACAUUUAUGUAUUUUACCUCCCAAGGGACGUCAUCGUGUCAAAUGUGUAAUUUAUGUUUUGUUACUGUUACACCUCGUGAAGUCGACUCAUCAACUUGCAAUUAUUAAUAUUAAUACUAAUUACUAUUUUACAGUGUA